UGGGCAAGGUAAAAUUAACCGCGGUGGUUACGGUGAGGACAAGGUUCCCGGCGGUGAGGCCAAGGUACCUGGCGGUCAGGACAGGGUUCGUGGAGGUGAGGACAAGGUUCCCGGCGGUGAGGACAAGGUACCUGACGGUAGGGACAAGGUUCCUGGCGGUGAGAGCAAGCUUCCUGGCGGUGAGGACAAGGUUCCUGGCGGUGAGGACAAUGUUCCUGGCAGUGAGGACAAUGUUCCUGGCGCUGAGGACAGGGUUCCUGGCGGUGAGGACAGGAUUCCUGGCGGUCAGCACAGGGUUCGUGGCGGUGAGGACAAGGUACCUGGCGGUGAGGACAAGGUUCCCGGCGGUGAGGACAAGGUUCCCGGCAGUGAGGACAAGGUUCCUGGCAGUGAGGACAAGGUACCUGGGGGUGAGGACAAGGUUCCUGGCAGUGAGGACAAGGUUCCUGGAGGUGAGGACAAUCAACCUGGCGGUGAAGACAGGGUUUCCGGCGGUGAGCACAAGGUACCUGGCGGUGAGGACAAGGUACCUGGCGGUGAGGACAAGGUUCCUGGCGGUGAGGACAAGGUUCAUGGCGGUGAGGACAAGGUUCCAGGCGUUGAGGACAAGGUUCCUGGCAGUGAGGACAAUGUUUCUGGCGCUGAGGACAGGGUUCCUGGCGGUGAGGACAGGAUUCCUGGCG